AUGCGCGUUUCUAUUAUUGCUAUCGUCGCUUUCUUCGCCGCCGCCGUCGCUGCUAACGGCGGCUUCGUCGAUAACACGUUUGGCGGAAAGUGCAAGUACCUCACCCAGCUGGGCGGUGGAAAGAAGGACCAGACGUCCAUUACCGCCUGGUGCCUCGACAAAGCCGGCAAACGCUGGCAGACUACCAUCAACUUGAACCGGUGUAUUGGCAACAAACGCGGCAAGCUGGUCUGGAGGAACAAUGGUAAUUUUGACCACACUUGCCACCCUUGUAUUCUCCAUAAGCUCCCCCAAAGCCCAGACGACAACGUCGGCCUCAAGUGCGCCUGCUCGCGCCGUGGCAAGAAGCCCAGGUACACCGAGCUUGCUCUCUCCCCCUAUCACAAGAAAAAGAGGCGUCGAUUUACGCUCCUCAAGCUCAAGAACGGUCGCUUCGUCUGUGGCGUUCACCUGGGCGACAAGACGGAGAGGAGGGUACCCGACGAGACGGGGUCGGCACUUGCCUUGGCGUCGGGUGGUGCCCUGACAACGGCUUCGCCGAGUCUUGCCCCGACCAACACCGACGAGCUGGUCUAUGACGCCGUGGCCCAUGGUUGGGACCGACACGUGCUCUAG